AUGCCGUCACGGCACGAUCGCCACGACAAGGACCGCGUCGUGUAUGACGACGAGGAUCCUUACUACGACCGGCCGAGGGCGUCACGCCGCGUCUCCCGCAGCGCCCACGAAUACGACGCCGGGGGAGCAGGGCACCACCGCCGCAGCCGACGAUACUCCCCGAGCCCCGUCCGUCCCAGCCGAACCCGCUCCGAAGACCACCGGGCCAGUCGCCCCUCCGCCCGUCGAUACGACAGCUACUACUCAGACUACUCGGACAGCGAAGACGACAGGCACCGCCGACGAGGUCACGGAAACAGCAGCAGUAGCCGGCGGAGGGACAGCAAGGCGUCCGGGUCGUCGAGGGCGCCACAGCGCCGCGACUCGGACAAGGCGCACAUACUCCAGGCGGCCGCCAGCGCCGCCGUGGUCGCCGGCGCGACGGAGGCCUGGAGGAUGAGGAACGAGAAGACGUCGUGGUCGAGGAAGGGCACGCGGAUGGCGACGGCGGCGGCGGGCGCGGCGGCAUUCGCGGCGUUCAACAAUAACAACAACGGUAGCAACAACAGCAGCAGUCACAACAACCAUGGAGGCAAGGACUCGGGCGGGAGCCGACGAGACGCGCUGCAGGCCACGCUUGGGGGCUUGCUGGUCAACCGUCUGGCCAACGGAGGCGGUCGGAAGUGA